AUGGGGAGUUUGGGGCAUAUAAAACCACGUGGAACACCCUGCCUGUCAGACUCCAAGAGAGGUGCUCUGGAAGAGAUGACUGCAAACAUGAUGAUGCUCAGGCUGUGUGGACUCCUUCUUAUAAGCUCAACACUAACAGAUGCUAAAGUAGACAUCAUCUCUACUACCCCAGAUCUGCUGGUGGGAAGCAACACAUUGCUCUUGUGCAAAGCUGAUUCAGAGGGAGAAAUUAAAUGGUUGAAAGAUGAUGAAGAAGUUGAUGAAGAUCGCCAUACAGUUGAGAAAAUUGAUGAAUCCUCGAGUAAACUGAUCUUGAACAACGUUGAAUUAGAUGACACUGGAAUAUAUACCUGCGAGUUUGAAAAUGAACACGGCACAAAGAAGGGAAACUACCAGAUCUACGUCUACCAAACACUGGACUUUGGCAACACACGGACAUACCAUGAAUUUCUGGUCAACCAGACAGUGACCAUUCCCUGCGUGGUGUCCGGGAAGCCUGCGGUGGACGUCUUCUGGUUUCGGAACAAUCGCAUCGUGAAUGAUGACGGACGAGGUCAUCUCAGAAUCCUGGCAGACAAGUCUCUGCAGAUUCUGGGAAUUCAGCAAGAAGACCGUGGAACCUACACUUGUGAAGGCAGGAUCAAGGGACGCCCCAUAGUAAGGGACCUCCAGAUCUCUGUUGUUGUUAAUGAGCCACCGACUGUCCUGAUUAAUCAGAAGGGAAUGAAGGUUUCUGCCGGACCUAACACCACUGUGUCUAUAGCCUGCCUGGUCAAAGGAGUACCCACUCCAAACAUUUCAUGGAUAUUCCCUUCCACUUCUGAUGUCUCCCGUUACAAAUUCAACUCUGAUAAGAGCGAGCUCACCAUCUCUGCAGUGACCAGGAGUGAUUUUGGAGAGUAUGUCUGCAUAGCUACCAAUAAGAUCGGGGAAAACAGCGCCACAUUUAUUCUGGAAGUCUCAGAGCAUCCGGCUGUAGUUUUGGAUCAAACCAAGCUGACAGUUAUUCCAGGAGAAGCUGUAUCUGUGAUCUGCAAUGCCACGGGACAUCCAACUCCAACCGUACAGUGGUUCAGGAAGACUACCAGAGAAAAAAUGAUGAAUGUGGAGGGAUCUGAGCUGAUUAUUGAAAAUGUAAUGCCCUCUGAUGGUGGUUUGUACUCCUGCAUAGCCAGCAAUACAGUGGGAACAACAUCUGAAGACUUCCAGCUGAUAACCUGGCCUGGGACACCCACUAAGUUCAGUGUGGCCCCGGGGCCCUCAUCAUCUGUCCUCAUCCAGAGUGCCUCGGUGCUGGAUGGAGGGUCCUCCAUUACCCAGUACAUCCUUCAGUGGAAGAAACCGUCUGAAGACACCUGGAGUGAAAUCGUUGUCAAGCCCACAAAUCCCCUGGUGAUCACAGGCCUUGAGCCGUACACAGAGUACUCCAUUCGCUUUGCCGCCAAAAACUCUCACUACCAGGGAAACUUCUCCACAGAACACAAGAUCUUCUCACAGUCCCAACGGGAACCCGACAGCCCCAUUCUGUCUCUGAGUGAGAAAAAGCUGGACACAAACUCAGUCUCCAUCCCUAUUAAACAGCUGAAAGACGGAGGAUCUCCUAUCCUACGCUACAUCGUACGCUACAAAGAGAACCAUGAAAAUGAGGAAUGGACUAAAAAAGAAAUUCCUGGAAACUCCACCAAAAUACAUCUGAAAAAUCUCGAGUACAAUGCUAACUAUCAAAUGGAAGUUUCUGCAGUAAACCACAAUGGCUCCUCCAGCACUUCCACAGUUAACUUCACCGUCCCACAACCUGUCAGUCAGCCAGCGUUAGGGAAAGCAGGUGUGGUGGGAAUUGUAAUGGUCAUCUUCUUGGUGCUGAUGGUAUCAGUAGAUGCUUUCUGUUGCUACACCAAUCACUGCGGUCUGCUUAAUUUCCUCGCUCAUAAACUAUUUGGACACAAAGUGUCAGAGUCUAAAGAGAUGGAUGUAGAGGCCAAUAAUUCCACUAGAGACGUGAAGCUGAGCGGGCUAACACUACCACGAGGCAGCAUCCCAAAGCUUCAGUCAUCCAAUGGGGCAGUGAAUGACAAUCAUUCAGAAGUCACGUGUGACAAAGCGCCUCUUACCAAAUUCGAGAAGAAACCAGAAUCUGGUGACCCAGCAGCAGAGGCUUAGAUGAAGAUACUAUACACAACACAAUGCUAUGAAAACAUUGAACACUUCAAUGGCCCAACAUGGCUCAUCCAAUAGUGUGAGUUUCGGGGCGGGACAAUCUGUUUGUCUGACCAAUGACAGAUGGGGGAGUGUUUGAGAAACCUGUUUGAAAGAUAUAAAACUUCAUACAUGAUAUACUUCACAUUUAAGUGAUGCAGCCUGGAACAAAUAAACAUCAGAACGGACGACUGUUACUUGCAGGAAAACAUUCAAGUGCCGUGUGAUUUACAUUAUGUUUGUUCUUAAAUUGUGAUUGUACUAAAUGUAGGAUGUAACGGAAUAUAUGAUUGUGAUCCAGCACUGUAAAUACUGAAUGUGACAAAUGCUACUUGAGCUGAAUGUAGUUCAGUAGUGAGCAGAUAAAAGCAAAAUGCAGCUAAGUUGAAUAUGAUGUUGACAUGUUAAAGUAUAUUACUGACACAAUGGGAGCAUAAUAUCAUAGAAUAAUACCAUCACUAAUGUUAAUUUAUUGCACAUCUAACAUAUGCUUGUAGCUUGUAUAAAAUUUUGAUUAAAGGAACAGGUGAAAGAAAGAGUGUCCAAUGGACUUGGUAAGACAUGAAUUUUCCCUUUUAUGUGAACAAUAAUCACUU